AUGUCUUCGCAACGUCAAUUAAACGGUUGGCUGCUAUCCGUGCUGAUGGCCAGUAAUUACAUCUUACUUACAAUUGCUUAUCCGCAGAAUGAAAUCUACUCAAAACGUUUACAAUCUUUGAAUGGCUAUAGUAGUAGUAAUCAAGAAUUUUCUCCUGUAUAUAAACACGAUGAAUCUCAGGAAACUGGUCGAAAAUUGGCUGUCAAACCGAAUGCUUCUAAGAAAGUUGCUUUAGAUGACAUAGAUGCAGAUCUUGAUACGAAUCAAAUACAAGAAGCGCCUAAUGGUUUCUCGUGGUCUAACAUGUUAUCAACAUUUUUGAAUAUGUUCUUUUCGGGCGGCAAUAUAGCGCCAUCAAAAUCGGAUGACAUUGAAAAUUCUGGCGGUUUUGCCGGUUCACCGUGGGCCAAUGUCAUUUCAAUGGGUUUGAAAAUCAUUAACGCAUUGUUGGGAGGCGGUGCACCAAGCGAUGGCAUCGAUAAAGUAGAUAACGGCGGCUCUCCUAUGCAGGGCAUCUUAGCGGCUGUACUUUCAUCAGUACUGGGCACAAAAGAUCCAGAGCAAGUGAAUUCAAUGGCCAAGCAAGCCGGAGAGUUCAUACAAAUCGUUAUGAACUUGUUGGAUGCUUUGAAAACAUCGUUCUCGCAUCGUUCAUUGACUGCACGUUCGUUGGGAAAACGCGAUUCUGUAAGUGACGCUGCUGUUGCCGGCAUCUCUAUGUUAAAGGGCUAUGUACGCACCUAUCGUAAUACAGACGAACAAUGCCUGCAACGUUAUAUGUGUGAAGCUAAUAACGAAUGCAUUCGAGAAAUUGGCGGAUCAAGUAUAUUCUGUCAAUUAGGAUCUUAUGCUACCAGUUACUUGUUGGACCGGACUAGUGAUAGUAAAUUUGAAAAUAUCUAUGAUGCUGGACGAAGGGGGCGUUCUGGACUCGAUUGCAGUCAAUUAUAUUUGGAAUGCAAUGAAGUUUAAUAUCAAAAUUCAUUAAUUCUUUAGGUUAAAAUUAAGAUAUUUAGCAAAAAAAAAACGAAAAAAAACAGAAGGAUUUAUAGACUGCCUUCAGCCUAUCUAAUUAUUUCAUAUUUAUCCUCUUUACAUACACA